GCCAUCAAUUUAUAGAGGUCAAGCAUCCAAGUAUCAAUCACUCAAUUAUCCACCAUGGUUCUCUCCUUCAUUUCUGUCUUGGCUCUAGCGACCCCCUUCGCAGCAGCCAUUCUUCCUCCUUCUGUGCCCUCCACUCCCACCACUCUCGUUACCGCACCCAAAGUCUACAGCGCCGCAGACGCCGCAGCUCCUACUCCUACCCAGCCCGGUAUCGCCGCAAGCUGCAACUCGUUCCACCUCGUUGCCAGUGGCGAUAACUGCGCGAGUAUCGCGACGGCAGCCGGCAUCUCCCUGUCGGACUUCUAUUCGUGGAACAGCAACGUCGGCAGCGGGUGCAAUAAUCUGUGGCUCGGGUACUAUGUCUGCAUCGGGGUGGGACCAACAACAACAACUACGACCACGACUACCACAGCAACUGCGGUGUCGACUCCCACUCCGGUUCAGACGGGCAUGGUGAGCAACUGUAAUGCCUUUUACUUGGUUGCGUCGGGCGAUACGUGCACCACCGUUGCGACGAAAGAGGGAAUCACUGUACAGAAUAUUGUCACUUGGAAUCCGGCGGUGGGCACCGGGUGCACCAACAUGUGGUACGGUUAUUAUAUCUGUGUUGGGGUUUCAGGAUGAGGCGGGCAUGGGGAAAUGUUCUGGAGGCAAGGAAGCUCUGCUCUUUGGCUGAGGAAGGGAAAGAUACGUCAAUACCUGCUAUGAGUUGUUGCAUGAUUUGUAUUUUCAUGUUACACAAGGAAUGAAAUGGAAGUUGUUGAUAUCAC